AACGAACUUUAUUGUUCCCGCUGCGCGCGCGGGGAUGCGCUGAGGCCGCUCCGCCGUCGGCCCCGCUCCGCCCGCCCCGGCCCGGCCUCGGCAUGUCGGGCAGCCGCCCGCCGCCGCACCCCGCCGCGCCGCCCGCCGCCACCCCGGCCUCCUCCUCUUCCUCCUCUUCCUCCUCCUCCUCUUCGGCGGCCAUGGCGCCGGGCUCGUCCUCCUCGGGCAGCGCGGCGGCGCGGCCUGUGCUGGUGGCGGCCGCCGUGUCGGGCUCCGGCGCGGGGCUGGCCCGGCUGGCGGCGGCGGCGCGGCCCGGCGGCGGCGGCGGCUCCUCCGCGGGAGGCGGCGGUAGCGGCGCGGGAGGCGGCGGCGGCGGCGCAGCAGCAGCAAGGAAGAGGCCGCUGCUCACCCCGCUCUGCAACGGGCUCAUCAACUCCUACGAGGACAAGAGCAACGACUUCGUCUGCCCCAUCUGUUUUGAUAUGAUUGAGGAAGCCUACAUGACGAAAUGUGGACACAGCUUCUGCUAUAAAUGUAUUCACCAGAGCUUGGAGGACAAUAACAGAUGUCCCAAAUGCAACUAUGUUGUGGACAACAUAGAUCAUCUUUAUCCCAACUUCUUAGUCAAUGAACUUAUUCUUAAACAGAAGCAAAGAUCUGAGGAGAAAAGACUCAAACUGGACCAUUCAGUGAGUAGCACCAAUGGCCAUAGGUGGCAGAUAAUUCAAGAUUUGUUGGGUACUGAUCAAGAUAAUCUUGACUUGGCCAAUGUCAACCUGAUGCUGGAGUUGCUGGUGCAAAAGAAGAAGCAGUUGGAAGCAGAGUCCCAUGCUGCCCAAUUGCAGAUCCUUAUGGAAUUUCUGAAAGUUGCCAGGAGAAACAAACGAGAGCAAUUGGAGCAGAUCCAGAAGGAGCUAAGUGUUCUGGAAGAAGAUAUUAAACGAGUAGAGGAAAUGAGUGGCUUGUACUCCCCAGUCAGUGAGGACAGUACGGUGCCGCAGUUUGAGGCUCCCUCACCUUCACACAGUAGUAUUAUUGACUCCACGGAGUAUAGCCAGCCUCCAGGCUUCAGUGGCAGUUCUCAGACCAAAAAGCAGCCGUGGUAUAACAGCACGCUAGCCUCACGACGCAAGCGGCUCACAGCUCAUUUUGAGGACCUAGAGCAGUGCUAUUUUUCCACCAGGAUGACACGUGUCUCGGAUGACAGCAGAACCACAAGCCAGCUGGAUGAGUUUCAGGAGUGUCUAUCCAAGUUUACGCGCUACAAUUCUGUCCGACCCCUGGCAACGCUGUCUUACGCUAGUGACCUCUACAAUGGCUCCAGCAUAGUAUCCAGUAUUGAGUUCGACCGAGACUGUGACUACUUUGCCAUCGCUGGGGUGACAAAGAAGAUUAAAGUCUAUGAGUAUGGUACAGUCAUUCAGGACGCGGUGGAUAUUCACUACCCUGAGAAUGAAAUGACCUGUAAUUCCAAAAUCAGCUGUAUCAGCUGGAGUAGUUACCACAAGAACCUGCUAGCCAGCAGCGACUAUGAAGGCACCGUCAUCCUUUGGGAUGGAUUCACGGGACAAAGAUCCAAGGUCUACCAGGAGCAUGAGAAAAGGUGCUGGAGUGUUGACUUCAACUUGAUGGACCCAAAGCUAUUGGCUUCAGGCUCUGAUGAUGCCAAAGUGAAGCUGUGGUCUACCAACUUGGACAACUCGGUAGCAAGCAUCGAGGCCAAGGCUAACGUGUGUUGUGUCAAAUUCAGCCCCUCUUCUAGGUAUCACCUAGCUUUUGGCUGUGCAGAUCACUGUGUUCACUACUACGAUCUUCGCAACACUAAGCAGCCAAUCAUGGUGUUCAAAGGGCAUCGCAAGGCAGUUUCCUACGCAAAAUUUGUGAGCGGGGAAGAAAUCGUCUCUGCGUCAACAGACAGUCAGCUGAAGCUGUGGAACGUAGGGAAGCCUCACUGCUUGCGGUCCUUCAAGGGUCACAUCAACGAGAAGAAUUUCGUAGGGCUUGCGUCCAAUGGAGAUUACAUCGCCUGUGGAAGCGAAAAUAAUUCCCUUUACCUAUACUAUAAAGGCCUCUCAAAGACACUGCUGACCUUCAAGUUUGAUACAGUCAAAAGUGUCCUGGACAAGGACCGGAAAGAAGAUGACACAAAUGAGUUUGUGAGUGCUGUAUGCUGGAGGGCACUACCAGAUGGGGAGUCCAACGUGCUGAUUGCUGCUAACAGUCAGGGUACAAUUAAGACCAUGCUUUCAGAGGCUGCUGCACCAUCUUAGCGUGGACAAGGGAAAUGUGAGCACAGAGGGCUGAGAGGACAAAAUCUCUGAUCUCCAUUACAAGAUUUCCAAGAGCUGGUUGAUUGGGAUGAGUGGAAAUGACGCAACUGUGGAUGGGUUUGCUUCAUGCUGUAAUUUAUCCUAGCGCAAGCAGACAUCAACAUCGGGAUCCUUGCCAAGUGCUUAUCCCAUUUGUGUGAUCUUAUUGCAUGCUGGUGAAUAAAGGGUAAGGGGUGGAGACGGAAGGGUCAGUCCUGUCCUAGUGAUCUAUAUGCUGAUGUAGGAGAUAAUGAAUGUCAUAAAUUCCUAUUCUAAAUGUCUCAUCUUCCCUACUAAUCAGGUACUGGAGCUGGUAUGAAGGGUUUUCUCUCAAGGCAUGAGGUACUUGGUCCUGCUGAUAUGCUACAGUAUUCAUCUGGGAUCCUCAGUGGGACAAGAAACCGAAACCACCUUGAUGUUCCUCCCCAAAACCAUCAUGUUUGGGUUUUUUUCCAUUUAUGGACUUUCUAGGACAUUUUGAGACACUGGAAACACCAGUGAACUGUCUGCCAUCAACAUUAACUCCACAGACUUUGCUGCUGCUGGUGGUGGUGGUAUGGUUGUCUAAUUUUUAUGAUAGGAAAACAAAUUCUUUUAAAUAAAAACAAAAAGGAAUAAUAAAAUUUAUUGAGCCACAA